AUGACACAGACAACCGCUAUCCCCGACGCUACGGCAGGACCCAAGGUCAACGUGGCCCUUGUCCAGAUCCGUGUUGCUCCACCCGACGAUGUGCAGGGCCAGUGUGCGCACAUGCGCGAGCUGGUGCUAAAGGCAGUUAAGGAGGGCAAGGACAAGGGCAACCCGGUCAACAUUGCGGUUCUUCCUCUUGUCAAGCUUGCCGAGCCUCUCCCGCAGCCUGGUGCGGCGGCAUCGUCUUGGCCCGACGGCGCGUACACGGCCCGUCAGCUCUCAGCAGUUGCCAAGGAAGCAAACAUUUGGAUUGUUGGAGCAUCCCAGAGGUGGACGACGAAGGCCGCCGAUACAAUUGCGCUACUGUCUGGUCUCCAGAAGUACCGCAAGACGCACCUGUUCGACCUGUGCCUCCCCAAGAUGACGUACAAGGAGAGCGACACCUUCUCGCCCGGCCAGUCGCUUGCUAUGUUUGACACGCCGUACGGCCGCUUCGGACUGGCAAUCUGCUACGACUUGCGCUUUGCCGAGAUUGCCACUUUGGCCGCGCGGCAAGGUUGCGUCGGCGUCUUCUACCCUGCCGCGUUCAACACGCACACCGGCCCACUCCACUGGCAGAUCCUGCAGCAGGCAAGAGCGCUGGAUAACCAGAUCUACAUCGCGACGUGUAGUUGCGCGAGGGACGAGACGGCCAAAUAUGUGAUUUAUGGCCACUCAAUGUCGGUCUCACCUAUGGGUGCUGUCAUCGCGACCGCGGAGGAGAAGGAAACGAUUGUGCAUGCCACUUUCGACCCCCAGGUCAUUGCUGACACGCGCGCGGGCAUCCCACUGUUGGCGCAGCGGCGGUUUGAUCUGUACCCCGAUAUUGCGGCUGUCGUGGCGAACGGGACAGCAUAG